CAAAUGGGAGAAGGGUGAUUACAAGCAAAAGGGGAGGCCCGACUGGUUAUAUAGACUAUGUGUCACUCAUCCAAUAGUACAUAAAUCCACGCACAGAAGUGACAAAGCUCACUUGAUGCCAUGAAAUGAGGGCAAUACCGCAAUAAGAUAGUCCCCGUACCCAACAACAUUUGUACCAAAGACAAAAAUAUAUGUUUGAAUAUGGACUUAAAUAUCUAAUAACAAUAGGCCCAAAUACAUGUUUGAUUGGGAAAAAAUACAAAAAAAGAAAAAGAUAAUGACUCAAAGAACACUAGAAGCACACCCCAUGGCUCACACACACGCGAACUCCUAUCUCUCUAACCUUAUCUCAUCUGUAACUCAUCUUUUUUUCUCUCUCACCUUAUCUCUUCCCUAACUCUCUCUCACCUCAUCUCUUCGACUCUGGUCUUUCCUCUACCAUAUCCGGCUAUUAUCUCCUCCUUAGUCCUCAUCUUCUCUCUUCCUUGGACUUCGAAUGAACAGAGCUGAGAGUCUGAGUUGACCACGGUGACAAAUAGAGCUGAGCAGGAGCGUCGGUGGCGGCACUGCAGGUGUCGGUCGGCGAAGAACACGAUUGGGAAGUCUCUGGAUCUGGAAGUGGAGAGUGGGCACUGGAUAGAGCUUUUGGGUUUGGGUUUUGGGUCUGAAUGUGGAUCAGCGAUUUUAAAUGAACCCGGACGAUUCACAAGUCUUCAAGCUAGAAAGUAAAUAGCACUUGCAAGAGGAGUAGUGAUAAAGCUACAAAGACUAUGAGAGCGAAGGUCGGUGCUUGAUUCAGUUAGUCAAGGCAUUAGAGACUCUAUGUAGAGUGAAGAAUAAUUGAUAAUUGAACCCCCUUCCCAAUCUGGACAUUUGGGGGGUAUUUGUCGCUAGGAGAACGAAUGAGGCGAGGGGUGACCCCCUUCUCGUACUCUUGAAUUAGACUUUGCUGGAAAGAUUUUCCUUUCCCAAACAUUAUUCUCCUUUUUGGAAAGACUUUAUGUAGAGUGAUACUGUUGAAUUCAUUGUCAUGGGUUACAUGACCAGUUGAAGGCGAAGCAAAGUGUGAACCAGUGACUCACUCACAUCACAUGGCUGCAGAUAUAUUUUAGUUACAGGAAGGAACAAUCCACAAUCGUCAAAAAAAAGAAAAAGAAAAAUGAAGUUAUUGGUUGGUUUGAUGGACCCUACAAACACAUAGAUCAAUGAAUCUUUAAAAUAAGACAAGAAAAUCACGUUAUCCAACACAACUCCUCCCCAAGUUGCCCAACCUUGUCUGCAUCUUGUGAUGUCGUUUUGAACGUGGGAACAAGUCUAGAAGCGUAGAUUUUUUUGUUUUAGACUACCUAGAACCUUUUAUGUGUCUUUUCAAUAGGGGUUUAAACAAUAAAAAUGGGGGUGUUAAUAGCAUGACCCUAACCAAAAACUUCUCCUAUAGUUCACACCAAUCGACACAUUUAAGAUCUGUAUACGUUAUGGUUUCUUUCCUUUUCGCUAUCUCCUUUACUAAAAUUCUCCUAUAAAACCAUGGUUCGUACACUGAACAGUCUUAGACUUAAGAGAAAAAUAAAAUACAGAGAUGGGUUGCUGCAGAUUUCAAAUACUAGUGACGAUUCUCUAUUUUGUGUUCCUUCUGCCAGGCAUACAUGGCUGAGGUGCUGAUGGGCACUACACGAUUUGCAAAAUUGCUCAGGUUUUCAGGAGAAUCUGUCUUUUGGGUUUGUUUUUGUGUUUUGUGUUAUGUAGUCUCGAUUGAGUGAAGAUGGGUGUCUAUUAUGAUUUUUCACCUUUUUCAAAUUACAUAUUUGUUUUACUAGAUGGCUAUGAUAUUAGUGUCAUUGGUUGGCCUCAAGACCAUCCAAAUACACUGAAUACCUUGUGAUUUCUUAGCGAAAAGAACCCUAAUUCCAAGAAAAGAAUAGUCCCGAGGGACUUGUGGGGCUUGAGAAAAGGUUUGUUAUGUUCAAUGGUGCAAUUGGUAGAAAACAGUUGGAAUGGCUAGAGGGAGUGCUUAGGGAUGCAACAAGGUUAAAAUGGAAAGUGGUGGUCUGUUGCCACAAGCCAUUGGAUCCCGGUGCAUCGUCCAGUGAAUCACUUCUUCGGAACUACGAUGAGAUGCAUAUGGCUAUAUAGAUGUUUACGAUGACAGGCUAUUGCUUGUUGGUACAAAUCGUAUGGAGAGUAAAGAAAUGUGUUUCAGUCAUUGAGACAACAUUUGGGCAAUUUCUUUUCUAAAAUUCAUGUGAAAUUAUCAUUCAUCAAAACCAUGAGCCGCACAUUGUAAUUUGUUCCCUUUUGGAGAAUUCUGGUGUAAACUUGGUAGUCUCUAAUUAAAUAUAUACAAAUUAUUUAUUUUAAAGUUUUAGUUUAAGGAUUAAUAUGUCAUUGUAUACAAGGAUAUUUAUGUAAACUAAAAAAAAUUUAAAAGUGGUACAAAGAUAGUGUUUUUAUGGUGUGUAGAUAAAAUUUCCCAAAAAUAUUAUUUAUUGCUUAGAAGAUAUUACAACGGCUAGAAGCCAUUUAAACAUGUAAGAGUAUUGUUGAAUUAACGGUACAAUGAUUACUCCUGAGCAAGAAGAUGCAUAUACUCAAAAGCUGAAGAACAUUCUCAAGGACAAGUGAAAGAAAGACAGAAGGCCUUAUUUUUUCUUUAUCAAGGUCUGGAAGUGUUUUGUUCCAAUAAGGACAUUCUUUAAAUUUUUAUUCCAUUAACUUCAUGUAGUUUAAAUUGAUAUUCCAAAAAGGAAAAACUCUUUCCCUAAUUUUUUUAAUGACUAAAAUAACCUCCGUUUACUUAAUUAGAAUUUUGAAUUAAUCAUUAAAGUUAUUAUACUUCUUCUUUUGUGCGACUGGAACUCAGGGAAUCUUCUUCUUUCCAUUUUUUCCACGUAAUUGAUCUUGUAAGUUGAAUCUUCCAUCGGUUUCGAAUUUCUAUUAUGAUUGAGCUUGCGAUCCUAGUUGUUUUAGAUCUUAUCCAUGUUUGAUAUUGGUUUCGUAUCACUUAGGUAAGUUUAGUUGGAAUUUCUUUGUUUGAUUUAUAUAGAUGUUGUGAUUUGAUUGUUAUGGUUUUACUUGAUCUGUGUUUUGAUCUACAUUAUUCUUUUGGUUUUGGUUUGUAAUUCAUUUAUUCUUUGAUUUUCUUUAUGUUUUGCAUUAUUCUUUGAUUUUGUGUUUGAUUUACAAUGGUUUUCGAUAGUCAUUUAAGUAUAAUAUAGAUAGAAUUCUUGUGAUAUUUGUUAUGGUUAUGAUCUUUUGAAAUUCUAUAUGUUUAUAUGUUAUGUAGUUUGUGUAAUCUGUUUGAUUUUGUGAUCUGUUCAUAAUAUAUAUGUUUUAACAUAUAUUAUCUGUUUUAUUUAGGUUUAAUAUUUUUCUUCUUGAAAAGGAAUUAGGGAAUCAUAAUGUUAAGCCCUUCUAUUCUAAUGUUUAAUUUUGGUUCGCUUAGUGCUAUGAUGACAAUGAAUCGUGGGUUGACUUUCAAUAAUUUGGUGGAUUUUGUUUGUUGUGAGUGGAGUUUUUUGGAUGUUAGAGAUGUAUUCAUUCUCAGUGUUUGCUUGAUAAUGAUGAAGAUCUUAGGAAUAUGUUGUUCAUUGCUAGUAACAUUUCAUUGAGUUAUAUAGAUAUUUUUGACAAGCAAAUUAGUUGUUCGGAUGUUAGUAAUUUGAAAGGAAGUGGCUCUGUGGACAUUGGUUCAAUUAGUGCAGUUGUUGAGAGAAGAAGUGAUAAUAUUGAGCAAGAAGUUUCAAAUGCUGAUUGUAUUUCGGCUUUUGGUUCUAUUGGAGGUAAGGCUUUACUAACUUCUUCUUGGGCUACUGCAAUCAGCCACGUAGGUCAAUGUUUUAUUGGUGGUGUUAAUGAUUUUCGUAAUGCAUUGUCUAAAUUUGGGGUUAAAGUUGGAUUUAAAUAUAAAUUUAUAAAAAAUGACAAGGAUAGAGUGACAGCUGAGUGCAAGCAAAGGUAUCUGAAAAGUUGUGAAUGGAGAGUUCAUGUGUCCAUAGAAAAAUCAAAUGGUUUCUUUUAUAAUAGAUUUUUGAAUAAUGUGCAUACAUGUGGUAAUCGAGUUUCUAAUGCUUCAUGACUUCGCCCAGUUGAUGUUAUCAAUGAGAUUAAAUCUGAUUAUGGAUUAGACAUUAGCUACCACAAAGCAUGGUAUGCUGUUGAGAAGGUGAAGGAUAUGAAAUUUGGAGAGCAUAAGUAUUCUUUUGAUUUGCUACGAUUUUACAUUGAUGAAGCUAAUAAGUCUAACCCUGGUAGCUGUUUGGAGAUGGAGUUUGAUGAGACAAGUGGUUGCUUUAAGAGAUGUUUUAUUGCAUUUGAUGCGACGAUUUCCAGUUUCAAUUUCGGUAGCCCCAUCUUAUUUCUUGAUGGCUCAUUUUUGAAAAGUCGUUACAAGGGAAAUCUACUUUCAACUACUUCAAAAGAUGCUGAAAAAGGUUUAUUUGUGGUUGCUUUUGCAGUUGUUGUCGUAGAGGAUGAAGAUAACUGGACCUGGUUUCUCAGGUUGCUUAGAAAAAUUAUUGACGUAAGUAGAAGAAUAAUUUUCAUUUCAGAUCAAAAUUAUGGGCUCCUUCAAGGUGUUAGAAAUGUUUUUCCAACAGCAGAUCAUGCUUAUUGCCUUAAUCAUUUAAAUAGGAAUCUUAAAGAGAAGUUGAAAGGACAUCAUGCUUCUUUUAGGGAGAUGAUUGUGAAGAAGUUUAAACAAUGUGUUUAUGUUUCGAGUAAGAUUGUAUUCCAUGAUCGCUUGCAAGAACUUUUAUCUAUGGGUGGUGAUCGCGUUGUUAGUUUUAUAGAUGAAGCUCCUGCUUGUAACUGGGCGAAUGCUUACUUUAUGGAUGUUAUUCAAGGUCGAUCACUCCAGUUAUGACAAUAUAGAAAGAAGACUUUAGUGAAGGAGAUGUUCUAGUGAUUCCACCUUAUACGAGGAAACAACGUGGUAGACCUACGAAGAAAAGAACUCCAUCUGUUGGUGAGAUUAUUCCCAAGAAGAUUGGUGUACCAGAUGUGGGAAGUUAGGUAACCAUAAUAGGAAGAGUUGUAAUGCUGCAAUCUGAAUCUCAGAUUUGUCUAUUUUCAUAAACAGAUAAUAUUUCUUUUUGACAAUUUUUUUAUCAUUUUUUUUUUGUUAUUUGAUGUUUGAUUUGGCAUUUUAAUGGCAUUUAAUUGA